UAAGAGUAAUAAUAACGCAAUUAGGAACAAUAAUAUUGUUUUUAAUAUCAACGCUGUUUGUAAAAAUAAAUACUGAUGAACGGCAAUAUUUUUUUUUGGAAAUAACACUUAUAACGGCAGCCGGAUUAAAUGCAGUUGGUUCGAUACUUGCUGGAACAAUGUUUGCUAUUGGUGGAUAUUUUCCACCAAAAUACAUAUCAUCAUGUUCACAAGGAAUAUCAUCAAGUGGUAUAUUUUCAGCAAUUUUACAAAUAUUAUCACUGUGGCUAAGCACUGGACCAAUUGCAACUGGUCUCAUGUAUUUUUUAAUUGGUGAUUUUAUUAUUAUCUUUGCAUUUAUUUCAUAUAUUUUUUUGGAGAAACAGGAAUUUUUCAAGUAUCAUAUGAAAGAGGAAGUAACGAUUAAAAAUUCUGAUAAAUCAAUUGAUGAUACACCGGGUUCAGGUGAUAAUAAUUCAGUGUCAUAUAUGAAAAUUUUAUUUAAAAUUUGGCCAUAUGGAUUGAGUAUGUUCAUAACAAUUUCUUCGACAUACGGUGUAUUUCCAGCAAUUAAUACACUUGUAAAGAGUGAAGCACCAAGCAACACAGAGUGGAACAAAAAAUACUUUGGAUCUGUGGCAACAUUUCUCAUGUUCAGUAUAGGUGAUUCUUCUGGAUGUAUAUUGUCACAAUAUUGUACUUGGCUGAUAGGCAAACCUGGCUUGGUACUUACACUUUCAAUUAUGAGGAUUAUAUUCAUUCCAAUUAUAUUGGUUUGUAAUAUUUCUGAUUAUCCUGAUAAACAAUUGCCCAUCUACAUUACAAAUGAUUUUAUCUACAUGGGAUUGAUGAUAUUAUUUUCCAUCACUCAUGGAUACUUGUGGUCAGUUUUAUUUGUUUUAAUUCCCAGAGUGGUGGAUUCAAAAGAACAAGAACUUUCAUCAACAAUGCUUAGUGCAUUUCUUGGAAUGGGAUGUAUAGCCAGUGAGUAG